UCCUACCCUGCCUCUCCCCACAGCCACACCGGGAUCCUCUCUCAGAGCAGCAAGGCACUGGAACAUGGAGAGUCCUUGGGCAAGUCUGGGGCACCUCACUGCCAUUGGGAUGAGAGCUCGUGUUUACUGUGAAGACUUUCUGUUCCCAAAGGUACACAGAACUAUGGCAGAGCUAUGGGGGAUUUACUCCAAACCUGUCCCAGCAGACAGCAGAGAGCUAUGCACCUUGUUCCUGCAGUGCUCCUGCAUUACAGCAGUGAUAGGGGGCCUCUUUUACAACUGGAUGUUUGCUUCCCUGGAGUACUCCUGGCACCUCUCCAUUGCCAUGGCCAUCUCCCUCAGCCUGCUGCUUCUCCUGACUCUCUUUCUGGUGCAUCCUGCCCGUUGUGUCUUCACCAUGAUCAUGCCCACCUUAGGCACCAAGCAGGGCCGGAAGCUUCUCUUCUCCACCUGCAUCAUGAUUGCAGUGGUGAACAUAACACCCAACAUCAUAAGCAACAUUAAAACCAUACUGCAGGUCAUUCAGUGCAUCUGCAAGAACUCCUCUAACAGCCUUCUGAACUCAACUGCCCUGCUACAGAAAGUUUCCUGGGAGUUUGCAGAUGCAGUCCAAGAAGCCACUCAUCCCAUUUAUAAGCCUAUGAAUGGACAUGUUCGCUUUUCAUUGUUGCAGAACAGCUCCUUGAUUUACCAAAAAAUGCACCUUGCUGGUGAGAAAAUUAGCAGAGAGUUCUUGUCUGUUGAGGUGCUGGUCAAAGACUCAGUACGAGCAGCCAACAGACUGGCUGCUGGAUUCCUCAUGCUCUAUCUCUGCUUUGAGUCCAGCUGGUAUUUGAAAAAUUAUCUCACCAAUGUUCGCUUUGACAAUUUUUACAUCACCAAGAAGCUGGAACGUUUAGCCAUGGACAGAAGAGCAGCUCAUCUCCUGGUGGGCUCAUCAAAAAAACUCAUCAGACCAACAGGCUUGAAGCUGACCAGGGAAGAGGUGGUGCUGUGCGUCGUGCAGGCCAUGCUGGUCACCGUGGCCCUGAUGCUGAUGCUGGUGCUGGUGGCCAUGGACCACUUUGCCUUCAGCGUGGCAGACACAGCGGUGAGAAAGGCAGCGCAGUUCUCUGCAGUGCCUGUCACUCUCAGCAUCAAAUACAGGGCUGAAAUGGGAAUCGUGCCCUUUCUAUACAAACUUUUCUGGCGUCCUCCUGAGUCCUUGCUGCUCAGGGACUUCGACAAGACCUACCACCACCAGCUGAUCUUCAGCUCUGCCCAGUGCAGGAUCAGCCCCCCCGGGCCCCCCAGCCCCUCAGUGCUGCUGGUUGUGGGGCUGCUCUUCUGCAUCCUCUACAGCUCCGCGCUGCUGGAGCCCUUCGCGCGCCGCCUGUGCCGCGGCAUCGCCGCCUCCUUCUUCCAGGGCCGCGAGGACCAGAGAGUGCUGCACCUCUACGGGAAACUGGCCAGGAGGCACGGCAGGGAGCAAAGCCCUGCCAAGGGUGCCUGGGGAAGCCAGGGGGAUGGCUGCAUGGCUGGUAUCACGGCACAGGCUUCCGCCGCGGGAUCGCGCGGUUCAUUUUCCAGAGUUCGGGAAGUGUUCGGAGCUUGGGAAAAAAUAGUAAAGAAAACCCCAACAAAGCCUUAA